AUGUUGCGAGUUCUGGAUGAACCAUGGAGGGAACUACGCUGGGGGAAAGUACAGGAGGAUCGCCAAUAUGUGCAGGAAUAUAAGCCUGCAAAAGAUGAAAUCAAAUACCUUCGAGUCCUCCUGUACGGACCUGUCGGUCAUGGAAAGUCCAGUUUAAUCAACUCUGUCAGUAACGUAUUUCGAGGCCGGAUUUCCAAUCUCGCUUUGACAGCGACCCUCUCCAACAAGAGCUUCACCACAACGUAUCAGACUCAUAAAUUCAUCGAAGGACAAGGAAGCUCAAAGACAUUUUACCCUGUGGUCUUCAUCGACAUGAUGGGUCUGGAAGAGGGGGACAACAGAGGAGUUCAUGAAAAUGACAUCAAGCUGGCUUUACAAGGACAUGUGAAGGAGGGUCACAAGUUCAACCCAGUUUCUCUACUAACUCAACAUGACCCAGGCUACAACCCGACUCCCUCUGCUGAUGACAAAGUCCAUGUGCUGGUCUGUGUGAUCUCUGCCAACUCUCCACAGAUUAAACCAUCAAUUCUGCAGAAGAUGAAGAACGUCAGAGAAACAGCCAGUGAGCUGGGAAUUCCUCAAAUAGCCAUAAUGACUAACAUUGAUGGACUCUGCGAUGAAAUUGAAAAAGACCUGAAAAAUGUGUACAUGAGCAAGCGGUUGAGAAAAAAAAUGAGAGACUUCAGUGCAGCAGUGGGAAUCCCAAUGAACUGCAUCUUUCCUGUGAAGAACUACAGCCAUGAAAUCAACCUGAAAGAUGAUAUUGAUACGCUGACCCUGAGCGCCCUGCGGACAAUUAUAGACUUUGGAGACGACUUUAUUGAGAAGAUUUAAACAGACAUUAAUAAUAACCACUGA